AUGAGUAGCAAUAACAAUAACAAUAGCAAUGGAUCAGCAUCGACAUCAACAUCAAAGAAUGAUCAUCAUAAUCAUGCUCAAGUUGAGAUUGAGAUGACGAACCUUUCAUUCUCUCGUCAACAACAACCUCAACAACAACCUCAACAACCUCAAUCAUUACAACAACAACCAGAAUCACCUGUUAUAGCACUCACUUAUAAUAUACCUAUAACAACAUCUUUGAAGCCAAAUUCAAGUCAUCCAAACUUAUUGAAUGCAGGUGGAUUGUCAUCUGAUGCUUCCUCGUCGAUGGGCGGAAGCACAAGUGAUAGAUAUAGGGCCAACUCAAAGUCGGCGGUACACAUGGCACGCAGUCAAUCACAGACCAACAUGCACACGUUGAGCAUCCAUGAUCUAUCCGACUCCUCGCAGACACACAAGCACUCUCACUCCCAUCACUCUCAUUCACAAUCACACUCUGGCAAUGUGUUGCACGCAUCAGUUGGCGUGCAUGGAGGUAUUCGCGACGAUGCCUCCGUCUCAUUCCACGACACAUACAAUGACAACCAACAAAUACAUCAACAUCCCGACAUUGGACUGACGUCAGUCCAAGCAUCGACGAAGCUUGUCAACAUGAUUGAGACGUUGCUGACCGAGAAGGAACAGGAGAAUCCGUUUAACACGUGGAAGGUACUGCGGCAACAGGUGCUUAGAAUCACGACCCUGAUAUAUAUACUGGCGGUGGCACUAUUGGUGGUGGCCUUUGCACUGCAGCACGAACAUUUCCAAGCGCUGCACCUCAUUGUUGAAGCGGGUCUACUGCUCCUAUUCCUUAUUCUCCAUCUGUUUAUGCGUGUGCGCGAGGAGCGCCUCGAGCACAACGAGGUCAUUGCCAAGGCCCGCGGACAUCUUCGCCACUACCUCACUCUGGGCGAUGUGUUGGAGCAUGGUGUGACGAGCAGCAGCGAAUCAAUCAGCGAUCUGUCCGUGUGCAGGGAUGAUCUCUGGAGGAAGGUGCCACUCAAUCUGCUGGUGGAGGGCGAUCACAUCAGUCUGCGAGAGGGUGAGCGCGUGCCCGUCAUGUUGCAGUGCGCCGAGCCAAUGUUCAAAUCAAUCGUGCUGCAUCGUGGCGACACGUACUCGUCCGACCUCCUGGUCACGCGUCUACUGGAGAUAAAGCCAAACAUUGGAGAGAAGGAGAGACAGCAGGUCAAGGAGAUGUCAGAGACCCUCUUCACAUCUGGACGCAGUUGCUUUGUUGUGAGCGAGACGCCAUCCUUCCCUCAAUUGGUUCGCGCAACACUGGGCUCGGCGGGCCGCCCCGCUAACCCAGUGAUCAACGCCAUCAACUACAUUCGCAUCGUGGUCGAGCGGUUCUUGUGGGCCGCCGUGGCCAUCUCGCUCGUGGCCAACAUUAUACGCGCAGUGCUCCAGAAGGAUCGACUGCUGGUCGACGUUCUCAUCAUUAGACAGGUGGACCUGGUCAUUGCGUUCAGCUUUGUGAUGUUGCCAUCGAUCCUACUGUUGGUGGCCUACUCACUGGGGCACGCCAAGCUACUCGCACUGUUUGAUGUGCUUCAGGAGCGAUCACUCAAGGGCGAGAUCUCAGACGACCAUCCUGCGCUCAACUUUGAUCGCGAGUACAACGACGAUCACCUGCCCAAGGUGCCAUUCAAGUUGAUGAAGAACUACUGGGAGGCGAUCCUCAGCAGCAAGCACGUGGCAUUCUCGCACUCAUCCAAUUUGUUGCAUCACAUUGCCAGCACGACAGUCAUCUGCUGUAUCGACAAGGAGGGCAUUGUGUCCGAACCGGUCAGCACCGUGGGCGAGCUGUGCUACCUGCGUGGCGACGGACCCGUGCGUCUCGAGCUAUCGUCUGAGUACUCGCACACACAAUACUCAAUUUCAUUCAACGAUCAGGACUGGCAGGAGCACUUGAACGCGCUCAAGCCAAUGGGCCUCAACUGUCUGCUCAACAAGACCUGUCGCCUAUACUCGGGCGGAGACAGCAACGGCAACAACAGCAAUAGCAUCAGUGGAUCACGCCUCUCAACCCUCCCCAACAGCUUCAAUGGCCAGCGACUGUUAUCGGAUCACGUGUCCAAGAUUCAGCUGAUCAAGGAUCGCGAGGAGAGCAACGACACGACCAACUCGCAGUGUCUCUGUCUGCUGGCCAAGGAGAUUGGAUUCUCCGACGAGGUCUCCAAUCAAUUCGUCAAUCUCAAGACGAUUCACACGCUCACACAACGCUCAGUCAAGGGUGAUGCCAAGGCCAGCGAUGAUGACUCUUCGAAGGACUCGCCAUCCAUGAUAUCCUUGGUCGCCAAGGACAUGUCCGAGACGCUCCAGCUGCUGUCCAAGGGCAGCACCGACCUCAUCCUGGAGCACUGCAACCAAUACUGGGACGGCACUACUAUCCUGCCAUUUGGCGAGGAAGAGAAGGAGAAGGUGCGAGCGAUCAACAACAAGUGGCUGACGAGCGAGGGCAUGAAGUGCAUCUCAUUCGCCUAUGCGCCCAUCGACUCCAAGUACAACAAGCUGUUUGCAACUGGCAGCAUAAACAGUCCGCUGGUGGACGUGCGAUUCUCCAACAGUACAAUGGUGCGACGCAAGAAGCAGGACCUGCGCAUGCAGAUGAGCAAGAGGCCACAGAUCAGCACGCCCGACGCGGGGCUCAAGGUGAACAGCAUCGUGGUCAACUCGCCAAUCACGUCGAACAGCGUGUCGUCGCAGUCACAGAUCAAGAUGACGCCCAAGAAGACUGAUCCGGAGGAUGACAAGUCCGAGGUGGUCAUCUUUGUCGAGUCUCCAAUCCCCAGUGGCAAGCAAUCACCCAUACUACUCAAGAACACACAAGACAACAUCAAUGACAACAACAAUGGCAACAACAACAACAGUGCCAAGAAGAAGAAGAAGAAGACCAAGUUCUUGAAGCCAUAUAAGAAGAAGUCGAGCAAGAACAAGGAGGAUAAGGAGAAGGAGAAGGAGAAGGACACGCCACCAAGCAUCGACCUGGACAUAUCAUCAAUCACACAGACCCUUAGUCUGCCACCAGUCGAACUCGAGUAUGAGAGUGGCGAUGACUCUCAGCAUGCCAGCAACAACAACAACAUCGCCAAUGAUAACGACAACAAUGAUCCCAACAACAACAACCCUGAUAACAUUGUUGUAAUGGAUGGCGAGAUAGAGGACGAACAUGAUGGAACACACAACCACUCAGAAUACACGAACAAUGAUAGCGAGACAGAGAGCGACUCACCCAAGCCAGCCAAGAUCGAUCAGCAUCAGCAACACCGAAUGAGAAGAUUGUCGAAUGAGACCAGUUCAUACAGUGUGUCCGAGACAUCUGAGUCUGACUCUUUCGCCGACAAGAAGAGAGGCAAGCAUAGGAGCAAUGACAGAUAUCGUCGUUCAAAGUUCAAGAAGCAACAACAGCAGCAAAUGUCACAGAUGGCGCCAAUCGCGGAUGAAGCUCAACACAACAAUCAACAAACAGAGGAGAAGAGCACUGAUGCAGAACAACAUUCAUCAAUCAUCAUUGUGGACAACUCUGCCACUGGUGGCGAGAUUGCUGCGGAUCAGGACAGCAGUAGUCACGCUGGAAUCAGCAAGGCUCAGGAGGUCAAGGAGGCGAUCGCUGAGAACGAGACAUUGGAGAAGCUCCAGGAUGGACAGAUCUUCAUUGGAAUGGCCGGCAUGCGUGUGCUGCCCAAGUCACACGUCAAUCACUUUGUCGAGGUACUCACCUCGGCUGGCAUCAGGUUCGUCUACUUCUCCAGCGAGGACAGACGCACCAGCAACCCAUUUGUCAAUCGCCUUGGUCUGGAGACCGAUUGGAACUGCUGUGUAUCACUCAAAGAUCCAGAGCACGACGAGGAGCAGCAACAGGACGGCCCAUCACGCUUACCCAAGGGCAUUGCGGCAAUCAGGAAGCAUCUGGACGAGGUUGACAACGUGCCAUUGCUCGUGCCAAUGUUCUCCAACUCGACGCCCGAGACCAAGCUCGAGAUGAUCAAGAUCCUUCAGGAGAAUGGCGAAGUCGUCUGUUGCAUUGGUAGUUCAUUGAACUAUGAGAACACACCAAUCUUUUGUCAAUCCGACUUGGCCUUCUCACUGGAGCCAGCCGUAUCGCGUUGCCUCAACUUGCCACUCAACAGAGCCGACCCGCGGCCAUUGCUCACCAGCCGCAACUUCUUUGAGACCGAGUCGAUCACACACCUGGCGCACCUUCCCAUCAAAACAACAGAUACCAAGCGCGUCCCCACCGAGAACCCAUCGACCCAAUCGCUGUGCUGCGACAUCACCUCGCUUCCCUGCUCACUGGUCUUCCACAGACGAACAGACUUCAACGAGAUCCUCGAGUUCUUCCAUGUUGGACGACAGCAACUCACCAACACACGUCAAUGUCUUCAGUUCAUUCUCAGCGCGAGCAUGACACUGGUGCUCAUGUGUCUCGUGGCCGGUGUGCUGGUCGUCAGCAUGCCUCGUGAUGGAGUCGUUGGAGGCGUGCCACUCACUGGUCUGCAGAUCAUGUGGCUUCAGUUCAUCAUCAUUCCCUUGGUAGGCUUCUCAUUGUUGGCCACAUCAGAGGAUGAGGACGUCAUGAAGACUCUGAGUCCCAAGAACAAUCAGGAGUUUACACACAUUCCAACAUUUGCAAAGUAUAUUGCAAUACGUCUGGUACCAUCCCUUCUGCUCACAGUAUGGCUGUUCAUCUGGUGUCUGCACUCACUGUCCGAUGCCAGCUGGGGCAAUAUAUUUGGUGCCUCCAUCUCAGAUUGGCCGACCAAUCCAAGGAUCACCUAUUCAGAUGCCCUAUUCGUCUCACAGAACAUCAUGAUGUUUGCCUUUGUAUAUUAUCUGAGUAUCACAAGUCUUAGUUUUAUCCAUCAUACUCAGAGUGUACUCAAGUUCAACCCAUUAAGGAAGAACUACAUAUGGGUGAUUGCAGCAUUACUUAGUAUUGGAUUACAGGUUGGAUUCUCAUUAGUAUCACUCAAGGCCAUUGAUGGCAUCGGUUUGCUUGGUAGUAUACCAUGGGAGCUGUAUGUCGUUCUGUUCUGUUGGGCGAUCGUUGUGAUUUUGUUGGACGAGUUUGUCAAGAGACUCUACAAGAAAUGGUUCGAUGAGAUCCAGUUGGAGUUACGACUCGAAUUCGACACGAAGCUUGGAAUGCAUUCACCAAUAUAG